GCUCCGUUUUCCUUUUCAGAAGGAGGGAACAGCAGCAGCAGCAGGAGGAGGAUGGGGCUGCCCUGGCCCUUUGCUCUGCGGAGGACCCCGGCCGCUGCCCAGGCGCCAGGGCAGGCGGGCUCCGGCUGCGGCAGGGCGCUCUUUGGACAGCCCCUGGCAGCCCUCUGCGGGGAGGACGGCUCCCUGCCCCAGCCCAUCCAGGAGAUGCUGGCUGCCCUGCACAAGGAAGGACCGUCGACGGAAGGGGUAUUCCGAAGAGCUGCCAGCGGGACAGAGUUUCGUGAGCUGCGGGAGGCCCUGGACCACGGUGCGCAUGUCGACCUGGGCAGCCAGCCUGCGCUGCUGCUGGCCGUCAUCUUGAAGGACUUCCUCCGAAGCAUCCCCGCCAAGCUCCUGGUGACAGACCUCUACGAGGACUGGAUGGCAGCGAUGCAGAAGAGCAGCAAGGAGGAGAAGGUUGAAGAGCUGAAAGCGGUGGCCGAGAAGUUGCCUGGAGCCAAUCUCCUCCUCCUCAAGCGGCUGCUGGCCCUCCUCCAGCACAUUGGCCACAACGCCUCCAGCAGCAGAAUGACCGCCAGCAACCUGGCCAUCUGCCUUGGGCCAAAUCUGCUGAGCCCACCUAACGAGGACCUGCUCCCCCUCGAGGCCAUGCUGGCCGUGACCGAGAAGGUGAACGUGCUGGUGGCGUUUCUCAUUGAAAACUGCGGUGACAUCUUUGUGGAGGAGAUGGCUGGCCGCUCCUGUCCAUCAGCCGGGGAGUUGCCAGCACCCAUGGAUGGAGCCACAGGAGCAGUUACAGGGUCGUGGAUCUUGGACCAAGAUCCUCAAAACCCCCUAGCUGUGCGAGGUUUCCGUGCCGCCCGUGCACUGCCUUUGUGUCCUGACGCUCUGUUUCUCCAGGAAUGUCGGUAUUUGCAUGGGGAGUUUCAAGGACCUGCCUGUGGACGCGACGGCCCCUACACGCCUGACGUGUUCUUCUGGUGCUGCAUCCUCUUCUUCGCCACCUUUGCCCUGUCAAGCUUCUUGAAGAAGUUUAAAACCAGCCGCUACUUUCCAACCAGAGCCAAGCUCUCCAAGAGCUUGGAUGUCCCGCACUCAUUUCCAUGA